GGCGCGUCGCGUAUGCAACGAGGCCACUCUGGAGCUUGUAUGUUUCCUUUCAUCGUCCAUCGUCGCAGUACCACACAAACACAUUCUUAGUAAGUUCGCGCAGAAAUAGCGCGUUGUUCACGCGUAACAUUGAGUAUAUUUGAUUAUCGCAGGCAAUCUGCUUGGUUUCGCAGGAUUCCGACGUCCCUUAUUCUCAUUCACUAAGGAACAAAUACGCGUAUCAUCGUCACGCACGCUGAGAGCGGGUUCCGUUUGGAUUCCAGCACAUCAUACGCCGUGCCUCUUGUGGAGAAACUGUUCACUUGUGCGAUCGCGUCGCAAUUCUAGACUUUUCAUCUUAGACAUUAGAACACGCGGUAUGUCGGACAAGGAAGGCCCUGUAUACCUCGAGGACCUCGAAAUACCCAAGGACACGCCGAAAGACCCAGUGGAGAAAGAGAAUAGCCAAAGUUCUGUUGACUCGACGCAGUCGGAAAAUGUCACUGUCACUGUCGAGAAAGCCAAACCCGCGGCGGCGAUCAAGGGUACCAAAAGACAGCGAACCCUGAUGGACAUGUUCACCCCUGCUCCUGCGGCCCAAAAUACCAAGAAGCUUAAACUCGAUAGGUCUGGCUCAAGCUCUAGUCUCACCGCCAGGACAGCGGCCACGGGUUCGGGUCAGGCCAACGGCAUGCAGUCUUUGAACUCCAUCCCAUUCUCGUUGUCGUCGUACCAAAAUUCUCUUUCUGAUGAGGAACGUCAACUUUUGACCCUCGAAUGUGAGACGAUGGGCAAAAGCUGGCUGAAGUUGCUCAAAGACGAGAUUCGCAAACCUUACUUUAUUAAGCUAAAGCGUUUUCUAUGGGAAGAAGGAGUCAAGGGUGCAAAUGAUUCCGCCAAGUCUUUGAAAAUAUACCCUUCGCCUGGUAAUAUCUAUUCCUGGUCAAACCUCACACCCCUUGGACGUGUCAAAGUCGUCGUCAUCGGUCAAGAUCCUUAUCAUGGACCCGGUCAAGCUCACGGUCUAAGUUUCUCCGUGCCUAAGGGUAUGGCCAUACCACCUUCCCUGCGAAAUAUAUAUACGGAAAUCAAAUCCGAAUACCCCGCUUUUGAGAUACCGAAACAUGGAAACCUCACUUCUUGGGCCGAGAAUGGUGUGCUUCUUCUGAACACCUGUCUCACUGUGAAGGCUGGAUCGCCAGGCUCUCACUCCGGCAAGGGAUGGGAAGAAUUCACCGACAAGGUUAUCGACGUCGUCGACAAAUAUGGCGGGGCCAAUCUUUCGGCCAACGGUUCCGCGAUGAACGGGCGAGGCCGAGGCAUAGUCUUCCUCGCAUGGGGCUCAUGGGCUGCGAAACGGGUCUCGAAGCUGAGCAAGCAAAAGCACCUUAUUCUGUAUAGUGCCCAUCCGUCACCGCUCAGCGCACACCGCGGCUUCUUUGGCAACGGUCACUUCAAGCAGGCCAACGAAUGGCUGGAACAAAAGUAUGGUCCAGACGGUUGCGUGGACUGGACCAAAGUUUGAUUUAUUUCAAAAAAUCGUGCCCAUAAUCUCUACUCUAUCUAUUAUUCCAUGCAGUCCCUCGACAUUUGACAUCUUGAACAGCCUCUUGUUCCGCAGCGCGAAGCAUAUUUUCCUGUGCAUACUUACCCACCAAGCAGUCGCCUUACACAGGUUACUAGGAACUUAAUCACCAUAGAACAGUGCCAUGGGGUCUUCUACGCCCGAUACCCCGACCGAGUAGCGUGUGGAAGAGGAGCUUGGGUUCUCUGUCUUGGACGGCACCCACGUUAUGCGAGGAGUUUCCUCGACAGUGUGCCGUCACAAUUUUUAUUGUACAUAUUGACACCGGUUACUUGCAUGCGGACAAUUUGGGUGCGGCGGAUGUGCGUCUUGGUUACGAGGGAAAGAGGAGGAAAACGUGACUGGAAACACUGGGCGUUGGCAAUCGGAGAUGAGGGACGGCGGACUUGGGACUUCUCAUGCUGGUUACCUACAACGCUGGAAAGUGCCGUAGACAGUGCCUGAAUUGCCUAGUUUUGCCUUCCCUGGAGACGGAGGAAAGUGAUGGAGUGACGUACAUACUUACACUCUCGAACGCGAUCCGGAAGUUGGAUAUCAGGUAAAAGCAAGAACGUGUUCCUAUAUAUGCAUACAUAGUGGUGUCAAAAAGAGUGGGGAUGUAAGGUAUGGUUAGGUGCCUGCACCAGCCGCAGGUAUAUGCGAGAGAUAGGAUAAUAUAGAGUAGAUAGCUGUGCGACCCUGCAAAAAGACAACGAUAGAAUGACUUCUGUUUACUGUAGCGAUACAAGAAUGUCCAAAAAAGAGAAAUAUGCGAC